AUGGAGACCGACCUUGGAGGCUGGCUUGUCAUUCAGAGGCGUCAGGAUGGCAGUGUCGACUUCUACCGCGGCUGGGCUGACUACCGCGUGGGCUUUGGGGACUUGGCUGGUGAGGUUUGGCUCGGCAACGACAACUUGCGCACCUUGAGUAAUUCUUCUGGAUCUUGGGAUCUUCGAAUCGAUUUGGAGGACUGGGACGGCAACACAACCUGGGCCGAGUACGGAUAUUUCCGGCUCAUCUCUGGACAAGAUUACCGUCUGAGUUUUGAUUCGUACAAUGCUAAUAGCACGGCCAGAGACUCAUUGGCUAACCAUAAUCACAAGCCGUUUUCAACAAAGGACAAGGACAAUGACUCUGGUAAUAAAACGCAGAGGAUGAUAAAGGAGCUUGUUGACUACGGGAGCGUGUACUUCGAUGGUCAUGGAGGCACACCUGAGGUCUCCGUAGCGGCUUACAGCGAUUGCCAGAGUUUACUGAAGGCAGGUUACAGCGUGAGCGGUAUCUAUACGAUAUUCCCUGCGGGAUUCGCAGAUGGUCUAAGGGUGUACUGCAACAUGGAGACAGACGGUGGAGGCUGGCUUGUCAUUCAGAGGCGUCAGGAUGGCAGUGUCGACUUCUACCGCGGCUGGGCUGACUACCGCGUGGGCUUUGGGGACUUGGCUGGUGAGUUUUGGCUCGGCAACGACAACUUGCGCACCUUGAGUAAUUCUACUGGAUCUUGGGACCUUCGAAUCGAUUUGGAGGACUGGGAUGGCAACACGGCCUGGGCUGAGUACGGAGAUUUCCGGAUCUUAGGAGAUGAUUACAGUCUGAGUUUUGAUUCGUACAAUGCGGACAGUACGGCCGGAGACUCACUGACAUUCCACAGUCAUUGGCCAUUUUCAACGAGGGACAACGACAAUGACUUGGUAUCGAUCAUUAACUGCGCAGAGGACGUGCAUGGAGCUUGGUGGUAUGUGGCGUGUUCUCAGUCAAACCUGAACGCUCUCUGCUUUGGUCAGUUGAGGGAGACGAAUACACUACCCAAGCCCUACUUUACGUGGCCCCAUGUACCAUCAGGAUCAACAUCAACCGCCUGA